GAAAUUAUUUCAUACAUGUAUUUUAUUUUUGUAUAUUAAUAUAUCAACCUUUGUCCUCAGGUUAUUCUUAAACAGUGAUAACAUGGCAUCUUCCUAUGACAAUUCCUCGGAGGAACAAACAGAACUACGCAGACUUCAUCAGUGAUAACAUGGCAUCUUCCUAUCACAAUUCCUCUGAGGAACAAACAGAACUACGCAGACUUCACAUUAAACUUAUCUCUGAAAUUAACGAUAAUUUAGAUGAAAACAGCAUAGAGUAUAAGAAUUUAAUUUUUCAUUUCGGAACUUAUGUGCCUCGAGGAUUAAUUGCCAAUAAAUCAAGUCUAGAUAUAUUUGAAACUUUAUGCACCAGAAACAUCAUUACACCAGGAGAAAAUUAUGAAAAAUUGAAACAGAUAUGUCGAGACAGUGGAAAUGAUAUUUAUGUAGAUACAAUAGAAAAAUAUGAAAAGAAAAUGGAAAAAGUUCGAUCUCAACAUAGAUAUACAGGUCCACAGGAAGCUGAGAAAAAACAUACAGAAUCAAAAAGAAAAUUUACUGUUCCUCAGACAGAACAAAAAGAGGAGAUAAAAAGACGCAAGGUAGAAGAGUCUCCUAAACAAAAACAGUUAAAAUAUGAAAAUGCUAAAUCAGGUAUGUUAUAUGGAAUAUAAAAGGGUAAAAUUGGGUAUGUUAUAUAGAAUAUUAAAAGGCUAAAUCAGGUAUGUUAUAUAGAAUAUUAAAAGGCUAAAUCAGGUAUGUUAUAUAGAAUAUUAAAAGGCUAAAUCAGGUAUGUUAUAUAGAAUAUUAAAAGGUUAUAUAGAAUUCUAACAGGACCCGUAUUUUUCCCUAUUGAACAUAGAAAAACCGUAAGUGUGUGUUAUUAUGCAAUAAAAAUACUGUUUGACGCUCUAUAUUUAGACAUGUGACGCGCUGACAAUAAGUACGGAAACAAAGGCGCAAUUUAGCUAAUUAUCAUGUACGGCAACAUUUAUUUGUUGAUGUCAUGUUAGAAUCGAAAUAAUAAUAUAUCCAAAUCCGUGAUUUUAUUGCUUGAUAACAUCACUGUUGUCGUUCGGAUGUGCAUUAUUAUAUCAAUCCGGCUACGCACUCGUGAUAUAUUUCCCAGCAUCUGAACUCCAAACAGUGAUGUUAUUGAGCAGUAAAAUCACUGUUUGGCACAUAUUAUUUCUUAAUUUGAAAUGGCUAAAUCAUGUAUAUUAUUUGGAAUAUGGAAAGGCUAAAUCAGGUAUGUUAUUUGGAAUAUAAAAAGAUUUAAUCAGGAAUGUUUUAUAGAAUCUGAAAAGGCUUAAUCAGGUAUGUUAUAUAGAAUAGAAAAAGACUAAAUCAGGUAUGUUAUAUAGAAUGGUAAAAAGGCUAGAUCAGGUAAGUUAUAUGGAAUAUAAAAAGGGUAAAUCAGGUAUGUUAUAUAGAAUAUUAAAAGGCUAAAUCGGGUAUGUUAUAUAGAAUAGAAAAGGUUAAAUCAGGUAUGGUAUAUACAAUUCUAACAGGACCCGCAUUUUUCCCUAUUGAACAUAGAAAAUCCGAAAGUGUGUGU